UGUUGAGCUCAAUGUAUGUUUGACCACCCAACCUACACUGAAUAUUAUAGUUUUUAGGGGUUAUAUUUUUUUUUUGAUACCUACUUGCAACGAUGGCUAGACUAUUAAUUAUAUUGUCUGUGAUUUUGCUUAGUGCUUACGUAACAGAACAGGUGCAUUUUCUUCAACCAGAGUACAUCAAUAAACUAAAUGAAAAAACAUCGACAUGGAAGGCAGGAGAAAAUUUUCCUCCCGAUACUCCUAUCGAAUAUUUAAAAGGGUUAUUGGGAUCUCGACGUGAAGGAGCUGCAGCCAAAGGUCCAUUCAAGGCCCAAGAUUCCAACUACAAUUCCUUAUUCCACAUUCCCGAAAGUUUCGACGCCAGAAAAAAAUGGAAGCGUUGUAAAACCAUCGGCGUGAUUCGUGACCAAGGAAAUUGUGGUUCAUGUUGGGCUUUUGGCACUAGUAGUGCGUUUUCCGAUCGACUGUGUAUUGCCACAGACGGUGAGUUUAACGAACUGUUGUCGGCCGAAGAACUGACGUUCUGUUGUAAUUCGUGUGGCUUUGGGUGUAACGGGGGAUAUCCCAUUAUGGCGUGGGAAUACUUCAGUAGGAACGGUAUCGUCACCGGCGGAGGCUAUGACAGCAAACAGGGAUGUCUGCCAUAUUAUGUUCCACCUUAUGACGAUGAUGUUCCGGAGGAGAGGAACCACAGGUGCGUUAAAAAGUGUUACGGAAACACAACAAUCGAUUACAAAGAAGACCACAGAUACACCAGCGACGCGUACUACAUUAAACCAGACAGCAUUCAAGAAGACAUUUUGGUAUACGGUCCAGUAGAAGCGUCUUUUGAUGUCUACGAUGAUAUCUACAAUUACAAAUCGGGUGUCUAUAUAAAAUCGGCAAAUGCUACGUACAUGGGAGGUCAUUCCGUGAAAUUGAUCGGAUGGGGCGUGGAGAAUGAAAUUCCAUACUGGCUGUGUGUGAACUCGUGGAAUGAAUCCUGGGGAGACCAGGGAACGUUCAAGAUCCGAAGAGGCACAAACGAAUGUGAUAUUGACAGCUGGGUGACAGGCGGUGUGCCCAAUGUUACUGACUAAAAAUUUACCCAUGUGCAUAUAAUAUUGUUUAUAUUGUAUGAUGAAUAACUUAAUUAAUACAUAAUAUGUAAAAUGGUUUUAAUAAUAAAUGACAACAAUUAAAUCGAACAGAUAAUUUUAAUU